CCAGCGAAUACGGAGACCUCAGGGGGCCACCUGUGCAUCGCACAUGGCACGUGAGCGACUCGCCGGCGAUGCGCCAGUGCAAUCAGCAUCGGGCUCGCGACACGUGCGACACACACCCCUGGCGCGUGGUGCCCCACGAGGUCGGCAUGUCGCAAUCGCCCCAGCACUCAGCUGCGAUAGCGUAGCGCAGGCGGAAGGACCACGCAGCCCCGCGGCCCAACGUGCAAGACACGCACACACGGCUGGGUGUUGGUGUCGAUGUCCAGGAGGUGUCAUGGGCAUCGACGUCUGACUCAGCACGGCUGCGGUGGCACGGCGGCACUCGCCACCUGUCCCGCCGCAGCGAACAUGCGCCUCUCCCGGGACCUGAGCUUGCGACUCAGAGUGCCGCCGAAGCGAGCGGCUUGCGGUGCGACAUGCGCACAGUAGUGUCUUCAUGCAGGUCCCGCUGCGCAUGCGUGCUUCCCGCGUUUGCGCCCCCGAGACGCCGAGCGGCAGGCGCAGUCUCGCCGUCGCUUGCGCUCAUGGCAGCUCUGCGAAAGCACUGCAGAGUCAACACCAAGCCCGAGGCUGUGUCGUCAUGGACGGCCAGAAGCGGGACAAGCAUUCGCACCUGGAGGUGCGGCCCUGGCAGCCCUUGGCGCUCGGGGUCCAGGGGUCCACGCGGAUUGCGCCGCGGGAAGCACGGCUAGCGUGUCCAGCAGCAAGCGGCCGCCGGCACCUGGCGUGCUGUCAUCUGACACUCUGGGUCCCGAAGCAGCAGGCGCAGCCGUCAGAGUGCGGGCAUUAUCCUGUCGAAACGCAGCCGGCAACACGCAAGCCGGCCCACACGCCGGAGCGCACUAGGGCAAAUGCGAAUCGAAGCCCGACGCCACCCCCUGGAGCAGCGCUGACAAUGGGCCUGCUGCACGCGAGGGCGGUUCAGGGUCCUCAUUCGCGCCUUGCCUCGUCGUGUGCAAUCGUGGAAAGCCUUGCGCCAUGGCAGGUGUGCCGCCUUCUGCGCUCGUGGAAGGCGACACCGGCCGACGGCUGUCGGUGUGUGGCAAGACGCGCGGCGCGCCUCGCUUUCGACGCUGCGCUGCGGCUGGUGGAGCGGAAGCAUCCAGCACGCGGCCUCUUCAGCCGCGCCAGCGAGCACGCUAGACAUCUCCGUGUGCUCAUUCGGCGUCAGGCACCGCCGCGGUCCAGCCAGCAGCAGCGAGAUCGUGCGACGAGAUUUAUCCAGAGGCGAGCGGUGCUUGCAGCAGCGCCUCUAGGCGCCGCACAGCGAUGGGAGAAGCGUCCAGGAUAGCUCUUUGCCCCCGCACUGGCAAUGCGCUGGACCCUGAAGCACGGGCGUGUGGAGCCUGAGGCAAACUAUUCGUUUUUUUGUCCUCGAUGACCGCGUCGCAGCGCUGGCUGGCUCUCACAUUGAGAACGCCGCUCCCCGAGCUGAGGAUGGUGGCACGCUUGCGGCGUCCAUCACGAUCGUGAGCCGUUUGCGCUGGAUUCUGCGCUGCGCUCGACUGCCAU